AUGGACAGGCCGAUUGACGAGGUUGUGAAAAGUCUUUUGAAGUUUGUGGUCAGAGGGUUCUAUGGGGGCUCGUACGUGCUCGUGCUAGAUGCUAUCCUCUUCCAUUCGGUGCUCGCGGAGGACGACUUGAAACAGCUGCUGAGUAUAAACAAGACGGAGUUGGGCCCGCUCAUUGCAAGAUUGAGGGGGGACAGACUUAUAUCUAUACACAAGCAGAGGGAGUACCCGCCAAACUCGAAGUCCGUGGAGAGAAUAUAUUUCUACGUCAAGUACCCUCAUGCCAUCGACGGGAUUAAAUGGAAAGUGCACCAGGUGGUGCAGAGGUUGAAGGACGAUCUGGAUAAGAAUUCAGCACCCAAUGGGUACAUGUGCCCGAUAUGCGAAACCAAAUAUACGCAGCUCGAAGCGGUGCAGUUGUUAAACUACGAUAGGACAGAGUUUCUGUGUUCUCUGUGCGAUGAGCCCCUAGUGGAGGACGAUUCAGGUAAGAAAAAUAAGGAGAAACAGGAUAAACUGAACAGGUUGAUGGACCAGAUACAGCCUGUCAUCGACUACUUGAAGAAGAUUGAUGAUUCGAGAAUAGAGGAGAACACUUUCGAGUUCGCGUUGGCUAGGUUGAUCCCUCCACAGAACCAGUCCAGUGCCGCAUACACGUACAACCCGAAGAAGGGGUCGACGAUGUUCAGACCUGGGGAACAGAACGGCAGGCGCGAUUUGUCCAAUGCAAACUCAAGAAACGCAGGUGCAAACUCACAGGCUACAUUGCAUGUUAAUAUUACCACGGCAAGUGACGAACAAGCGCAAAGACAGUUGCAAGAGAGACAAGCUGAGGAAAAGAGGAAACAGAACGCUGUCCCUGAAUGGCAUAAACAGAGCACUGUCGGUAAGACGGCGCUCGGGAGGCUUGAUGAAGAGGAAGAGUUUGAUCCGCAGCCAACUGCCCAGGCUACGUUAUCCACUGAGCACGCGGACUUGGAAAACGACGGGUUGAACGGUAACAACGGCGCAACCAACUAUUACUCCUCACACAGGGCUUUGACAGAGACUGAGAUCGAAGAGAGGGAAAACGAAAGAACUUUGGCGGAGUACUAUGCUAAGUUGGCUAAACAGCAAGCUGAGGCAAAGAGGGGUGAAGAAGAUGAAGAAGAAGAGGAUGAGGAGGACGAAGAGCGCGAAAUGGAGGAGGAAGAAUACGACGCUGAAUCGAAGGAAGCCGCGGUCAAAACCCCCGUGGUGGAAGAGGUUGAUGAGGACGAGUUUGAGGAGGAUUUUGAAGAUGUCGAUAUGAAUGCGAAUAAGUCGGAGGAGGAAAACAAUCAAGCAAAGGACGACGGUGAUAUUAAAAAAUUGGAGGGCGAACUCCUUUCAGAAUCUUCAAAAAAGGAACAACCGGGGGAUAACAACGCUACCGAUGCCACCACAGAACCGAUCACUUCAACGGCGCCUACCACCGGAAACGAUGAUGGUGAAGACGACGACGAUAUGGAUAUUGAAUUUGAAGACGUCUGA